GACUUGGCCACAACUCACGUACAUGCAUUUGGACACUUAGUCAGGAUGGCGCAGUUCCACUUGCUGGACCCUCACUACGACGAGCACCACAGGGGCCGUCUCACCGCAGAGGGAGAGGUGUUGCCCGUUCUGCGGGUCCGGACCCACGACCGGUUUCUGGAGGAGAUGAGGUACGAUGAGAGGUACACUCCUCUCCUACAGAGGGCUGGCUUGGACGUCUUAUCGUAUCAGGUCCGCCGUGGGCUGCCCACUUUCAACCCAGCGGCGUUGACGGCUCUGGUCGACAGGUGGCGGCCAGAGACUCACACUUUCCACCUUCCCUGCGGUGAGAUGACUGUGACGCUUGAAGAUUGCCAGAAGAUUCUUGGUCUCAGCAUUAUGGGUCGUCCAGUGACCGGUCAGGCAUCACCAGGCGGUUGGAGGCAGAGGGUGGAGGCCUUUCUUGGGAGACUGCUUCCGGAUGAGCUACGAGGUAGCCACAACACCGGAGUCCCACUGACCUGGCUUAGGCAGAGCUUUGGGCAGUGUCCACCUGGUGCAGAUGAGCAGACGGUUGGAUACCAUUGUUGA